AGGAUUCUUAAUAUUUACAAGAUGGCGUCUAAAGGGGCUUUUGCGUUCGGUCGACAGCUAAAAGAACUAAGAAUUCACUUAUGUCAAACUUCCCGGACCAGCCAAGGUGUAAGGGAUUUCAUUUCGAAUGGAUAUGUACCACUGAAGAUUGCAAAUCCUAAAUUUCCUAUUCUGAUUAGAGAAUGCAGUGGUGUACAACCUAGGCUGUAUGCUCGUUAUGAGCAGGGUGUAGAAGUGAGCAAAGCCUUGUCAGACCUCAACAGUACACAAGUGAUGGAAGCCAUAAAAACCUUAUCUCAAAAAACUGUAUGAAACUAAAUUCGGUGUACGAGGCCGACAAUGUGUGUACUGCCUGGAUGUACCCGGCUGUCACGUGUGCGGCCCGCAUCAGUUAUUGACUUCUAAAUUUAUUAUAUUUGACUUUUGACAUGUAUUGACGGUUUUCAUGUAAUAAAAAUCAUAAAGAAUGAC